GAGCAGACACAGUCCGAUCUGGCCCCAGACAGAACUCGGGUCUCUCCCAGAACCGGGCACUUCUCCAGCUCGGGAAGAAACCCAGUGCAGUGACAGGAGCCGUCACCUCCCUGGCUGGGCUGGGGACUCAGCAGAUCGCAAUGAGCCCCCUGCGCCUGAAGGAGAAGCUGCAGGCCCUCCAGUGCCACUUCACCUGGAACUUUGAAAUCAGAGAUAAGGUAGAUGCAACUCACAUCCUCCAAACUCUGGCUCUCAGGAUUGCCCACACUCACUACCAGAACCAGCCCGUGCUCCUUGCCAUGCAGGCUUAUCUCUACCACCUGCAAGGGCAAUAUGAAGACGCUCUGCAAAGCCUUAGAGAAGCCGAGGAGAUUCUGCAAAGAGAUCACCCAGAUAACUUCCCCCGGCAGGUCCUGGUCAUUUACGGAAACUACGCCUGGCUCUAUUAUCACUUGGCCCACUAUGAUUUGGUUGAGCUUUACCUGGACAAGGUUAGAAAGAUCUGCAGCUCCCUGAAGAGCCGCUCUCCAUAUGCAGCUCAGAUCCCUGAGAUACAUGCACAGAAAGGCUGGUCUCUCCUGGCAGUAGGCUUCCGCAAUGGCAGAGAAGCCACAGAGUGUUUCCAAAUGGCAUUAAGAGAAGAUGAAGCAAAUGGGGAGUUUCUUGGUGGGUUGGCAAUCGCGGUCUUUGCAUCAUGGAGUCACACAUACAAGCCUGUAUUUUGGGAAGCAGCCAAAAAGAAGUUGGGUGCCAUUAUCCGUGAACAGCAGCAAAACUAUGAAGCUAAGGUUUAUUUAGCCAAGAUCCUUAAGAGGGAGGAUAGAGAGCAAGCAGAAGCCCUCUUAGAAGAUGUUGUUCAGAAUAGCCUGGACCCUGAGGUCCUGAGAAAUGCAGCCAAGUUCUUUCAACCAGAAUUCGUAGAAAAAACAAUCUCUAUUCUAGAGCGAGCAAUAUCUCUGAACCCCAAUUAUCAUCUCCUUCACUAUGACCUUGGCGUCUGCUACAAGAAACAACUGGAGGAGGCCAAAUCAGGCAGAGGAGAAAUAUUGGCAGCAGCUAUUGAAGCCUUCAAAAAGGCUUUGCAAAAAGAUCCAGCCUCUGUAUUUUCAAAGCUGGCUUUAGCUGAAGUGUAUGGAGAAAAUACACCUCACUACCAAGAAGAGAUUUAUCUCAAUCUCAUGAGUGAAAUGCCCAGCCUCAGCAAGAAGUGUCAGCAGGCAGUCUAUCUUCACUGGGGGGAUUUCCUCUUCUACAAGCAGAAGUCACUGGGGGAGGCAGCUGAGAUGUACAAAGCAGGUUUCGCCAUUCCAGACAAGUACCUGGAGAGGCAACAACUGAAAACCAGGUUGGAAGAGGUGGCAGGAGAAUUCCAGCAGAGCUCCCAAACCGCUGAGGCUGAGGACAUACAUGACUUCAUUCAACAGACUGAAACUCCACGGUACAAGGGGAGAUCCACUGCUGGCAGCAACAGAGCAGGAGACUGGAGAUGUAGAGAAAAUAUGUGAUCCUUUCCCUUCCCUGGACACACUGUCUGAAGUGAGUCACUUUCCCCAGCUGUGUAACAAUGGCAUUCGUGUUGCAAAUGAUUCUGGGCCCCCGGAAUAGUUCACACCACGGCACAUGCUGCUGUUGCUUCUUAUAAUUAUCAUUAGCUACCUGUAUUGUGAUAGCGCCUAGGAGCCCAGACAUGGACCAGGACCCCAUUGCGUCUGGCCCCAAAGAGUCUUCAGUCUGCGACCAGAGACAACAGGAGGGAACCAGCAGACAGACGGGGGAGCACAGGCAGACGAUACUGGUCAGCAAAAUGGACAGUGGUCUCAGCCCACCAGCUACCCAGCCACUGUCCAGUGUUUUGUAAGCAUCACCGCAGAGGAGAGUUUAGCUUCUGAUCCUGAGCAGCUGUUUCUACCCAGAGGGGACGGUGCGACCAUCCUUGUCUCUAAGCAAACCUACCUGCCAGCUCUGCUGCCUUCUAACAUCCACACAGCAAAUAGGUGUGGAGUUUCUUCAAACAGCCUUGAGUUCUUGUAUCUGCAUAGCUGAGGGCCUGUCGUGUGUCUAUAUCAUGAGUCCCAUCUUUGCUUUCUGCACCUCUCACUGACAAUAACUCACAUUUACAUGGCACCUUCACCCCCAGCUUGUCAGGGAUCUGCUAUGUUUUUAUUUCAUUUACAAUAAAAGUAACUGAGAAAACAGAAAUAAAUCAAUUCCACCAUCUUGGAACGUUCCUUUCCCUGCCCUUCGGUUGCAUCGGGGUGAGCAGCACACGGGCACGUCCAGCUCACAGUAAAGCACCGGGACAGUCACUGAUAGCGCAGGAGCCAAGGCUGGAGUUUCGGAAGUUGACUUGGUGGAAAUGAGUGUCCAGAUUGACCCAAUAGCUCAGCACCCAGCAGCUCCCGUCGUUCUCAGCUGGGGUCCGAGCCCCCUGCACUGUUCUCAGGGGAUGGGGUGCGGUGGAA